AUGGUGCGGCCGUCGGGGCUCGGCGCGCCGGGGAGGCGGAUCGGCUCCGGCCGGACCUCUACUCAGCGGCCUCGCCCGCUCCGAUCCGCCUCCGCUGCGCUCUGGGGCCCCGCCGCCGCAGGCGCCAGGCUUAUGCCUCGGGCCCGCCCCCCGGCCGCCUCGGCCCCGCCCCACGUCACCAAGAGCCAGCCCUGGAAGGGCCGCCAGGCUGCUGGGCAAAUUCUGCCCGCGAGACCGCCAGGGGGACUUGGGACGCCGGGGUACUCGGGGCGAUGGGGACCUGGGGGCGCCGGAGAACUCGGGAUGCCAGGAAACUGGGGGCUGAGGGAACUGGGGGCACCGAUCCAGUGA